AAAGUACACAUUUCCUUGGACACAAGUUGUCAUAAAAACCUUUGCUCUUGAAACUCUGCGUUUUUAUUUUUAUUUUUAUUUGUAAAGCUGUGAAAGUCCAUCCUCUUAGGCAAAGCCUUCUAAAUCCUACGCUACCCUCUUUCUCUCUGUAGAAUAUCUAAGCAGCAAAGUGCCAAUCUUUGGUUCUUCAAGGGGUCUCUGGCUUUGAGAUUGCAUGUGUCAAUGCUCCUGUGCAUCAAGAAAUAACCAGUGAAGAAUCAUAUGAAAAGGAUGAAACAGUGAUUAUUAUGUCUGAGCUGAUUGAAGGACUUCCUGACGCUGUUGCCCUGAGGUGCCUUGCACGGGUUCCCUUCUACCUCCAUCCUAGGUUGGAGCUUGUUUCUCAUUCGUGGAGAGCUGCUAUCCGUAGCUCCGAACUAUUUAAAGCUAGACAGGAGGUUGGAGCAACAGAGGAUCUAUUGUGCGUGUGUGCUUUUGAGCCUGAAAAUUUAUGGCAGCUUUAUGACCCUCUCCAUGACCUUUGGAUUACGCUCCCUGUUCUCCCCUCCAAAAUUAGGCACCUUGCCCACUUCGGUGCUGUUUCCACUGCUGGAAAGUUGUUUGUGCUUGGUGGUGGCAGUGAUGCUGUUGACCCCUUGACUGGUGACCAAGAUGGGAGCUUUGCUACCAAUGAGGUAUGGUCAUAUGACCCUGUGACUCGACAAUGGUCCCCUCGCGCAUCUAUGCUUUUACCUCGUUCUAUGUUUGCAUGCUGUGUUUUGGAUGGAAAAAUUGUUGUUGCUGGUGGUUUCACCAGCUGCAGAAAAUCAGUUUCUCAAGCAGAAAUAUAUGAUCCAGAGAAGGAUAUAUGGAUUCCAAUACCUGAUCUCCACCGCACCCACAAUUCAGCUUGUUCAGGGGUGGUGAUUGGAGGCAAAGUUCAUGUCUUACACAAGGGGUUAUCAACAGUCCAAGUCUUGGAUGAUGCAAGGCUUGGAUGGACGGUUGAGGAUUCUGGUGGUCUCCAAGGCCCAAUGGCAGUUGUUAAGGGUGCGUUCUAUUUAAUGAGUCAUGGAGUAAUCUUCAAGCAGGAUGGGAAAAAGGUGGUUGUAUCAGCAUCUGAGUUUCGUCGGAGAAUUGGGUUUGCAAUGAUUGGGCUGGGAGAUGAGAUUUAUUUUAUUGGAGGAGUUCUUGGCCCUGACCGGUGGAACUGGGACAUUGAGCCAAUGUCUGAUGUUGAUGUACUGAUGGUAGGGAGUGAGAGACCAACUUGGCGCCAGGCAGCUCCGAUGACAAGGUGCCGUGGAACUAUUUUUGGGUGUACACAGCUGGUAAUUUAGGUCUCUUAUUAUUUGUUCUUGUUGUUCCUUCUUGUGAAAUUGUUCUCUUGUUGAGAGAACACAGAUCCCUCCUUUUUAAAACACAAGGAAAUGAGCUAUUUUCUAAGCUACCUUGUUUUGUUUGUAUCUUUUAAAGCCAUAAUCCUUGGCCUUAUUUUCUCUUCUAUUGCUUCUUUGUAGUUCUGACAGGAAGUCCUAUUUAUAGAGGCAGCAUUCAAAGUCUA